AUGCCACGAGCUCAGACCCUAUUACCGAUGGGCCGACUGUUCCAGGUCUGCAGACAGGCCUUGAAAAAGCCCUGCCGCCCACAUUACCGUGAUGAAAAGUACCUAACGUUCGGACGGGACCGAGGACGAGCAGAUGACGGUGGGGAUCAAGAAAAGGCCAACACCAAGUCCAAAGGGGUGGCCCAGGAACGAAACAGUGAAGAGAACGGGCGAGUUUCUGGCACGGCAAGACAUAUUCUGUCAUGGCUAUCCCGUUCGCAGUAUCCCGCGUCUUUUGGCUGCAACAACCUCGCCCGCGCUUUGACGGACAAGCAACCGUCAGAUCACUUGUGA